CUCUGCAGCUCUUUGUGUAACACCACAACGUGACUGUAGUAAAGUAAAUUACGCACACGGUCCCUCGAAGUCACCCAAAACAUCUUGUCCAAUCAGAGCACAGCUAUUCUGCAUUGGGUAGUUUGCGCCUUGGAGACUCGGUGCCCAGCUGAGAGGUGGUCUUUGUAUGACAGAGCUGAACAAGGGCUCCUGACUCUGCAGACAACGGACAACAGGCACUGCUGCAGCUGCUGGGGCCGCAGAAGUGUAGUUCAUAGAGAGGUGAGAGGCUGCGACUUCUGCGCACAGAAACUCCAGAAGAAACCAAAGACGCGCACGUAGAGGGAAUCCUUUAUUCCGUUUUCUUUGACUUACGUUUUGCCCUUUGUAAACUGUUCUAAAUACAUUUUAGUCCAUUUUUGAGAGCCCGAUGUCUCUACCUUUAUCUCGAGACUCACCCUGAGGUUCCGACUGGCGAGAACAAAAUACCAAAGAACUUUGGUAGAGAAGCACCUUGGCUUUGAAAUGGGCAGCAGAUUGGUGUGGCUGUCUCUUGCGCUGUCAGUGGCGUUUUCCGCCGGGCAAGACACGGGCACCGGGGCCACAAAGGAGGACAUCCCGGAGGGCGCAUCCACCCUAGCAUUCGUCUUUGAUGUGACCGGCUCCAUGUACGACGACCUGGUCCAGGUCAUCGAGGGCGCGUCCAAGAUUUUGGAAACAUCCCUGAGCAGACCGAAGAGACCUCUGUAUAACUUUGCCCUGGUUCCCUUCCAUGAUCCAGAGAUUGGACCUGUAACAAUCACAACAGACCCCAAGAAGUUCCAGUUUGAGCUGAGAGAGCUGUACGUUCAGGGAGGUGGGGACUGUCCAGAGAUGAGCAUUGGUGCCAUUAAGAUUGCCUUAGAGAUCUCCUUGCCGGGAUCCUUUAUUUACGUCUUCACAGACGCCCGUUCCAAAGAUUACAAGCUGACCCAUGAAGUCCUGCAGCUCAUUCAGCAGAAACAGUCACAGGUGGUGUUUGUGCUGACAGGGGACUGCGAUGAUAGGACUCACAUUGGCUACAAGGCUUACGAGGAGAUCGCCUCCACCAGCUCUGGGCAGGUCUUCCAUCUAGACAAGAAACAGGUCAAUGAGGUUCUGAAAUGGGUGGAGGAGGCGGUGCAGUCAUCCAAGGUCCACCUGCUGUCCACUGAUCACUUCAGUGGGGUCAGCAACACUUGGCAGAUGCCCUUUGACCCCAGCCUCAAGGAAGUCACUGUGGCCCUCAGUGGACCAGCACCUGACAUUGAGAUAAAAAACCCCCAGGGGAAUCUUGUGGGGGAGAGUGAUGGCCUGACUGAGCUCCUGCACAUUCCCAACUCUGCCAAAGUUGUCAACAUCAAGGACCCACAGCCUGGGAUGUGGUCUAUCAAGACCUCCAGUGAAGGAAGACACUCAGUCCGCAUCUCAGGUCUCAGCACCAUUGACUUCCGAGCUGGGUUUUCCAAAAAGCCCACCCUGGACUUCAAAAAGACCUCCAGUAGGCCAGUUCAAGGUAUUCCCACCCAUAUCCUUCUGAACACCACCGGGCUUUCACCGCCUGCUCGGGCUGACAGGCUAGAGCUUCUGUCAAUCACGGGCGAAGUGAUCAAAACUUUGCCAAUCCGCUACUACCCUGAGCGCCAGCCAUACGGCCUCUGGAACAUCACAGAGUUCAUUCCACCCAACGAGGCCUUCUUCCUGCGGGUGACAGGAUAUGACUUGGACGGUUUCCUGUUCCAGAGAGUGUCUAGCGUUUCCUUCUCCAGCAUUAUACCGGAUGUCCCUAAGGUGCUGAUGCCAGCUAAAACUCAUGGUUACUACCUCCAGAGAGGGGCUGUCAGCUGCCAGGUAGAGAGCCUGAUCCCCUUCACUCUGCGCUUCAGCAGGGAUGGGAGGCGACUUGGGGUGGACCAACUCUUCAGUGAGUCAGACAAUGCAUCAUGGGAAAUAGCCCAGGUAACUCUGAAGGAUGAGGGCUACUACGAGUGUAUUGCUGUCAGCAGCACUGGGACAGGAAGAGCUCGCACCUUCCUGGAUGUAUCAGAGCCGCCUCCAGCCAUCACGGUCGAUGGUAAUGUAACUGUGUCUCCUGGCUCCCAUGCUGUCCUCACCUGCCACGUUGUCAGCACAGUCAACUUCAACCUCACCUGGCUGAGAGGAGCUCACGAUGCCCGUCUGGACCCACGGGUGGACGUCUUGACCAACCUCUCGCUUCAGGUGUCCUCUGUGACCCCAGAUCACUCGGGCUGGUAUGAGUGCAUCGCUGUAAACGAAGGAGGGGUGAUGGCAGAGCGAAUUUACCUCACUGUGCAAGAGGUGCCCAGGGUUUCAGUAGAGCCUCGGAAUCAAACCUUUACAACAGGAGAUGAAGUGAGGAUCAGAUGCUCGGCCAGCGGUUACCCUUCACCCCGUCGGGUCUGGACCCACAAUGACAUGUUCAUCAUGGCAACCAGCAGACACAGGAUGACUUCUGAUGGCACACUGAUUAUAAGGAACAUGCAGAAAAAAGAUGGAGGAGUGUAUGGCUGCCUGGCCAGCAACCAGGCUGGGACAGACACAAUGACCUCCAUCCUCACUUACAUUGAAUCUCCUGUGGUGACAGUGGCUUUGAGUGACAUUCUCAUUGGCAUUGGAGAAAAAACACUGAUGGCCUGUUCUGCGUCUGGAACCCCACAGCCUGAGAUCUGGUGGUACAAAGGUGAUGUCCAGCUGCAUUCAUCAUCCCUCUUGAACGUGGACACGUUAGGAGGUACACUGACAAUCAAGGAGACCCAGGAUGUUGAUGCUGGAGAUUACACCUGUGUAGCUGUCAAUGAAGCUGGCACCUCAUCAGGAAAGAUCUCUCUCGAUGUAGGAGCCGCACCCAAGUUCACCCGAGAGCCAUCAGAUGUGGCGGUGGAUAUCGGCUCCACUGUGACCCUGCCGUGCCUCGCUCAAGGAUACCCCGAACCACAGGUCACCUGGAGUAGAGAGGAUGGGCUUCCCCUUUCCAACAGGCCCCGUGCACAUGGCACUAUUACACAGAGCAGGGGAGGUCUACAUAUCGCCAAUGUGUGGGUAGAGGAUGAGGCGGUAUAUGUCUGUGAGGCUCACAACCACUUUGGCAGGAUCCAGGCCCAGGCCAGAAUCACUGUGACUGGACUGGUCUCGCCUGUGAUUGCGAUGAGUCCGACUGUGCUCAGUGUGAUUGAGGACCAGCAGGUGACUUUGCCCUGUGUGCUAUUGGCUGGGAAUCCAUUACCUGAGAGGCAGUGGCUGCACAACUACGGCUUGGUGACCUCAGACCAGUAUGUGACAGUGAGGAGGGACGGCAGUCUGCAUAUUGAUAGAGUUCGGCUGGAUGAUGCGGGUGACUACACCUGUUUGGCUGAAAGUGUUGUUGGGGCCACCAACCAUACCACCACUGUCAACGUCUAUGUGAUUCCUACCAUUCAGCAUGGCCCUCAGGUGUUCAGCACAAUUGAGGGCACACCCAUCACUCUGCCCUGCCGUGCCAGUGGGGUACCCACCCCUGACAUUACCUGGGCCAAGGGUGGGGAGCUGCUUUACUUGGGUGGUCCAGCCUUCUCCCUAGAUUCUGACGGCAGCCUCCUCAUCCCCUCCCCCGCUGGAAAUGAGACCGGAGAGUUCAUCUGCACAGCUACCAAUGCUGCCGGCUACGCCUCCAGGAAGGUCCAGCUAACAGUCUAUGUCCGUCCUAGAUCUGAUGUUGGCGGCGCUGGAGGCUCAGCAGAGCCAAUGAGAAUGUCUGUGAUUGAGGGUGAGGACAUAAUUUUGCCAUGUGAGGUCUGCAGCGUCCCACCUCCCACCAUCAGCUGGGCUAAGGAGAGGCAGCUCAUCUCCCCUUUCUCUCCCAGGCACACUCAGCUUCCCUCAGGCUCUAUGAAGAUCUUGGAGACCAGAGUGUCAGACAGUGGACUUUAUAUGUGUGUUGCCUCCAAUAUUGCUGGUAACCUAACACAAUUCAUUGAGCUGAGUGUUCUGGUACCCCCCAGUAUACAGGCUGGCCCCAGGGUAAUGAAGGUACAGGUGGGUCACCCUGUGGAGCUGCCCUGUAUGGUGAGAGGGGUCCCAGAGCCCACCCUCACCUGGACAAAGGAUGGUAAGAGAUACUCAGUAUCACCUGAUGGCAGCCUGACAUUGAGAAAUGUGGGAAUGCAUGACGAAGGAACCUACACCUGCACAGCCACCAACAGUGCAGGCAGAGACGAGGCUCGCGUUCAGCUUCUAGUGCAAGUGCCCCCUGUGGUCGAGGUAUUGGAGCCCCCCUUCAAUAGUCCCCUGCAGGAGAGAGUUGCAAACCAGCGUAUUGCAUUCCCCUGCCCUGCCAAAGGUCUUCCUAAGCCAGUGAUUAGGUGGUUGCGUAACGGCCAGGAACUGACGGGUAAUGAGCCUGGCGUGUCCAUCCUGGAGGACGGUACGCUGCUGAUUCUGGCCUCUGUGUCACCACUGGAUAAUGGAGAGUAUGUCUGUGCUGCUGCCAAUGAUGCCGGAUCCACUGAGAGGAAGUACCAGCUCAAAGUCAAUGUGCCCCCAGACUUCCGUGACAGUGAAACGCCAAGCAACGUGUCGUUGGUCCUGAGCCAGUCCACCAGCUUGGUGUGUGAUGUCACAGGAAGUCCAACCCCUGUCAUCACCUGGUACAAGGAUGGGACUCUUGUAGUUGCUAGUAACAGCGUCCAGAUUCUUGAUAUGGGAAAAACCCUGAGACUACUGAAGGCAGCCACAACAGACGCAGGCAGCUACAGCUGUAAAGCCAUUAACAUCGCUGGCAGCACAGAAAAAGAUUUCUUCCUGGAAGUACUGGUCCCACCAACAAUUGUGGGUUCAGGCUCUCCUCGAGACAUUUCAGCCAUUGUCAAACAGGAGAUCAGUCUGGAGUGCAAGGUGCAAGGAGUUCCCUUUCCCACAAUCCAGUGGUACAAGGACAGAAAGCUGGUGUUUCUUGGUGAUCCCAACCUAGAGGUCACCAACAGGGGUCAGGUUUUGAGGAUAAAAAGUGCCCGUCUUGGGGACAAGGCCCGCUACCAGUGUAGUGUCAUGAAUACAGCUGGCAAACAGUCCAAGGACUUCAACCUCAGUGUCUAUGUGCCCCCUUCCAUCAAAGGUGGUAACAUAACCACAGAGGUCACAGCCCUGCUGGACACAGUGGUAACACUGGAGUGUGAGGCACGUGGAGUGCCACUUCCCACCAUCACCUGGUACCGAAACAGAGAGGCCAUCCUGUCCAACCGACAGGCUCAGUACGUCGAGCGAGGCCACUACCUGAAGAUCCCUCGGGUGCAGGCGUCAGAUGCUGGCCAGUAUACCUGCAAGGUGACCAGUGUGGCAGGGAGCGCUGAUAAGAGCUAUGACCUGGACGUCUACUUGCCUCCUACCAUUGCAGGGGGUGAUGACGGGCCAACUGAGAGGAAAGUGGUCCUCAGUAAACCUCUGAUCCUGGAGUGUGAGGCUGGGGGACACCCUCCCCCCUCCCUCACCUGGCUGAAGGAUGGGGUUCCUGUGCGUGAUGGUGAAAGUGUCCGUGUUCUCGAGCAGGGGAGUAAAAUAGAAAUCUUCUCAGCCACGGUGUCAGACUCGGGACGUUACAUCUGCGUGGCUACGAGCAUCGCUGGGGAGAAGGAGGUCAAAUAUGACGUCAGAGUUUUAGUUCCUCCUUUCAUUGACGGAGCUGAUGACAUGACAGACAGCACAGUGAUUAUCAACAGCCCUUUGGAGCUGGAGUGUCAGGCCACUGGAACACCUGCACCUGUCAUCACGUGGUAUAAAGAUGGAAAAUCAGUCAGACAGGGUGAGGGGUUGCGGGUGGCAGCCAACGGUCGGCGGCUGGUCGUUUCCCGUGCUCAGGUCUCUGACACUGCUCGUUUUCAGUGCGUGGCCACUAAUGAAGCAGGAGACCAAGAGAGGGACUUCAAUGUGGUAGUCCAUGUUCCUCCAUCCAUUCGUACCACCGGGUCAGCUGAACGUUCAGUGGUUCUCCACAAGCCCAUCAGUGUGGAGUGCAUCUCCAGUGGCAUCCCUCCUCCUAGCAUUACCUGGCUUAAAGAUGGCCGACCUGUCGACACAACACAGGGGCACCUUAAGCUGGAGUCGGCAGGCAGAACGCUAAAGGUCACAGAGGCAAGACUAGAGGAUUCUGGGAGGUACACCUGCCUGGCCACCAAUGCAGCUGGUGAAGCCCAACAGCACAUAUGGCUCAGUGUCCAUGAGCCUCCCAGUAUCCCCUACUCUGGAGAGAUCAUCAACCAGACCAUCCUGUCAGGCUUUCCCACUGAGCUUGAGUGCAAGGCCACAGGCAGCCCAUUACCUGCCAUCACUUGGUAUAAAGAUGGCCGACCGCUGACAAGUGCAGCUGGGGUGACUAUGCUUGAGCGUGGCCAGGUGCUGGAGAUUGAACGGGCUCAACUGUCUGAUGCUGGGAUAUACAGAUGUGUAGCAGUCAAUCUGGCUGGAGUUGCUGAGAUAUCCCACAGCCUGCAGGUGUACCUGCCUCCGGUCAUCUCCAGCCGAGGUGGUACGGUAACAGUUGUGGUGAAUGAAGCUGCCAGGCUGGAGUGUGAGGCCACGGGAGUUCCUCUGCCCAGCCUCACAUGGCUCAAAGAUGGCAGCCCUGUGGCAAGUGUAUCACAUGGCAUACAGGUGUUGUCUGGUGGCAGAGUGCUAUCUCUGAACAGUGCACUGGUUAGUGAUACAGGCAGGUACACCUGUGUGGCUGUCAACGCCGGAGGAGAACAACAUAGAGAGUACGACCUGAGGGUUUAUGUGCCACCUAACAUCAAGGGUGAGGAGGUGAAUGCCACAGUGAUGCUUGGUCGUCCAGUGGAGCUGCACUGCCAAAGCGAUGCAAUCCCUCCACCUACCCUCUCCUGGCGCAAAGAUGGCCGCCCACUCUUCAGGAAGCCUGGUCUGACUGUCUCAGUGGAUGGGAGUGUGCUCAAGGUCGAUAGUGCCCAAAUGCAGGAUUCAGGCAGGUAUUCCUGUGAAGCCACCAAUGUUGCCGGCAAAACAGAGAAGAACUAUAACCUUAAUGUGUGGGUUUCUCCCAGUGUCCGCGGCUCAGAGGAAGUGUCUCCUCUGACUGUGAUUGAAGGAAGUCUCAUAACUCUGGUGUGUGAGUCCAGUGGCAUACCACCCCCUAGCCUUACCUGGAGGAAGGACGGUUCUGAGGUCAAGUCAGACCAACGGCUCAGGGUUUUGUCAGGGGGUCGCCAGCUGCAGAUCUCCAGUGCUGAGAGGACAGAUACAGCAUCCUACACCUGCACAGCCUCCAGCGCAGCCGGCAUCAUUUCCAAGGAGUACAGCCUGCAGGUUUAUGUCCGCCCUUCCAUCAGACGCAGUGAGGGUGACACAGAUGACGUUGUUGUGACAAAAGGAGGUGAUGUGACCCUACAGUGUGCUGCAGAGGGCGUGCCGCGACCAGCGGUCACAUGGCUGAAAGAUGGGCGGCCUAUCACAGGCCAGCAUGGUGCCAAGGUCCUGAACGAGGGGAGGCUGUUGCAGAUUAAAGAUGCUAAGGUGUCAGACACGGGACGCUACACCUGUAUCGCUGUUAAUGUGGCAGGACAGGCUGACAGCAAGCAUGACAUCAAUGUACAUGUCCCACCUAGUAUAAUUGGUCAGGUAAAGUUGCCAGAAAAUGUGAGUGUUGUAGUGAAGAACCCAGUUGCUCUGAGCUGUGAGGCUUCUGGCAUCCCUCUUCCUGCCAUCACAUGGAUGAAGGAUGGUCGCCCAAUCAAAGCUUCCAGCUCAGUGCGCGUCCUCUCGGGGGGCCGGAGCCUGCGUCUAAUGCAUGCUGCAGUAGAGGAUGCUGGGAGGUACACCUGUAUUGUGUCUAACAGCGCUGGAGAGGAAAGGAAGAAUUUUGACCUUGACAUUCUCGUUCCACCAAACAUUGUGGACGAGGGAACUGUGUGGGAUACUAAAGUCAAGGAGAAACACAACAUUACUCUCACCUGUGAGGCGUCAGGUAACCCUGUACCAGAGAUUAAAUGGCUGAAGGAUGGACAGCUGUUGGAGCCUGACAGACGCUACCAAGUUUUGUCUCACGGCCGUUUCCUCCAAAUCUCUGGGGCCCAAGUGGCAGACACUGGCAGGUACAGCUGCCUGGCAUCUAACAGUGCAGGGGAUCGCAGCCGGCACUUCAACCUCAAUGUCCUGGUUUCUCCCACCAUUACUGGGUCAGGUCCUGAUGGUUCUGCAGAGGAGGUGACAGUAACUCUGAGCAGCCCCACAUCUCUGUUGUGUGAAGCCCAAUCCUACCCUCCUGCUCUCAUCACCUGGCUCAAGGACGGCACUCCAUUUGAGUCCAGUCGCAACAUCCGAGUCCUUCCAGGUGGGCGAACCCUGCAGAUUCUCAAUGCUAAAGAGGAGGAUGCUGGGAGAUAUACAUGCGUGGCCACUAAUGAGGCCGGAGAGACACUGAAGCACUAUGAGGUCAAGGUUUAUGUUCCCCCUCAGAUCAAUAAGAAUGAUAUCCCAGGGGAAGGACUGGCCCCCAAAGAGGUCAAGAUCAAGGUCAACAGCACACUGACUCUGGAGUGUGCAGCUCAGGCCUUUCCUACCCCAGCACUGCAGUGGUACAAGGAUGGACAGAUCCUGCGAGCAGAUGACCAUUUGUCCAUAACAGCCAAUGGUCGUAUUGUUCAGAUCAAGCAUGCUCAGGUGUCAGACACUGGCCGUUACACCUGCGUAGCCACUAAUAUAGCUGGAGAGGAUGAGAAGGACUUUGAUGUAAAUAUACAAGUUCCACCUAAUUUCAACAGGCCUGGUGGAGUUGGUGAUACCACAUCUUCCCUAGGCUUUGGAGGGGAUGUUCGAGAUGUGAUACUCAACAAUCCCAUCUCUCUAUACUGUGAGACCAAUGCUGUCCCCCCUCCAACACUCACCUGGUACAAAGAUGGACAACUGCUGACAUCCAAUGACAAAGUUCUGAUUUUGCCAGGUGGGCGAGUGUUACAGAUUCCCAGAACCCAGGCUGAAGACUCAGGCAGGUACACAUGUGUAGCUGUCAAUGAAGCAGGAGAAGACUCCAUUCAGUAUGAUGUCAGAGUAUUAUUGCCCCCGAUCAUACGGGGAACAGACAGCGAUUUGCCUGAUGAGGUCACAGUCUUAGUCAACAAAACUACCCAAUUGGAGUGUCAUGUGGAUGGAAACCCCGCCCCCAAGAUCACCUGGUUUAAGGACAGCCAGCCAGUCAGCUCUGAUGGUCCGCACAGAAUCCUGUCCAAUGGUCGAACACUUCAGGUGUUGACUGCUCAGGUGUCUGACACAGGGCGUUAUGUGUGUGUGGCUGAUAAUGUGGCUGGAAGUGCAGAAAAAUCCUUUAACCUCAAUGUUCAUGUGCCUCCCACCAUUAUCGGCCUGAGUCCUGAGACUGUGACUGUAGUGGUGAACAACUUUGUGUCUCUCUCUUGUGAAGCUACUGGCUUCCCCCCUCCCACCUUGAGCUGGCUAAAUGACAGGGGCCUCAUUCAGGCCAACACCAAUGCACUCAUCAUGCCAGGCGGUCGUACGCUACAGAUUCUGAAAGCAAAAGUAUCUGAUGGAGGAAAGUACAGUUGUGUGGCCAUGAACGCAGCAGGAGAGGCUUACAAGCACAUCUACCUCACUGUUUUCGUUCCUCCAAGUAUCCGGGACAGUAGUGGGGACUCUCCUGUGGUGGUGAAUGUGCUCGUUGGUAAAUCAGUAACUCUGGAGUGUGAGUCCAACGCUGUACCUCCUCCCACCAUCACCUGGUACAAGAACGGCAGAGUGGUGACAGAAUCAGCCAACCUGCGCAUCCUGGCAGAGGGACAGAUGCUUGAGAUCAAAGGCUCGGAGGUGUCUGAUACUGGACAAUAUGUUUGCAAGGCCACUAAUGUUGCUGGACAAGUAGACAAGAACUUUCACUUGAAUAUCUAUGUACCUCCGAGUAUUGAUGGCCUAGCAGAGGAGAGUGUUGUGGAAACCAUCAGUAACCCAGUCACCUUUGCCUGUGAUGCUACUGGAAUCCCUCCUCCCAGCCUUGCUUGGUUGAAGAAUGGACAACCCAUAGAGAACUCAGAGUCUCUGGAGAUGCACAUCUUCUCGGGAGGAAGCAAGCUUCAGAUUGCACGGUCUCAGCUUUCUGACAGUGGCACUUACACAUGUGUGGCUUCCAAUGUGGAGGGCAAGGCAUGCAAGAGCUACCACCUCACCAUACAAGUCCCUCCCAGUAUCUCUGGAUCAGAGCUGCCCAGUGAAAUGGGAGUCCUGCUAAAUGAAAGCAUUCAGCUGGUCUGUCGAGCCCAGGGAACCCCGACUCCAACCAUCCAGUGGUUGAAGGAUGGGGAAGUCAUCAACAACACAAGGAACAAGGAGCUCAGGAUCAGUCCAGAUCGCAGCACACUCACUGUGACUGGAGCUCACACCACUGAUAGUGGCAAGUACACCUGUGUGGCCACCAACACUGCGGGAGAAGAGGGCAGGAUAUUCAAUCUGAAUGUGUAUGUGCCUCCUGUAAUAGAUGGCAACAGUGAGACGGUUGAGCAGUUGACCACAGUUCUGGACAGUUCUGUCAACAUUGAGUGUGUUGCUAUAGGCUCUCCUCCGCCCCAGCUCAACUGGCUGAGAAAUGGCCUGCCUCUGCCAGUGUCCUCCCACAUACGGCUUCUUUCUGCUGGACAGAUGCUCCGGAUUACACGAACCCAGGUUUCUGACAGUGGCACCUAUACCUGUGUUGCAUCAAACAGAGCAGGUGUGGACAACAGACAUUAUAACCUACAGGUGUAUGUCCCUCCUGGUCUGGAUGGAUCAGGGAGCACAGACGAUGUGACUGUAGUCAGAGGAAACUUGGCUUCUCUGCUGUGUAUUGCUGAUGGGACCCCGACCCCUACUGUGUCCUGGCUCAAAGAAGGGGUGACUCUAAUUCCUGACCCCCACCUCAAAUUCCUCAACCUGAAUACCACUGUGCAAAUCAUCCAGGCCCAGGUCAAUGAUACAGGACGCUACACCUGCGUGGCUAACAAUACCGCUGGUCAAGCUAGCCGCCACUUCAACCUGAAAGUGCUGGACCCUCCACGCAUCAAAGGCUCUGGUGUACCAGCAGAAGUAUCUGUUGUGGUUAAUAAUGUCCUGGAGCUUCAGUGUGAGGCCUCAGGUAUCCCCACACCCUCUUUGACCUGGCUAAAGGAUGGACGCCCGCUCCCACAGACAGACAACCUGCGCCUCCUCCGGGGAGGAGAGGUGCUCCGUGCGGCCUCGGCACAGUUGGAGGACACAGGCAGAUACAGCUGCUUAGCCAACAGUCCAGCAGGAGAUGAUGACAAGGAGUUCCUGGUUCAUGUGCAUGUCCCCCCUAACAUUGUGGGGGAGAGUACACCUCAGGACGUAUCAGUGCUGCAGAACAGACAGGUGACUCUAGAGUGCAAGUCCGAUGCUGUUCCACCUCCAACUCUGACCUGGCUCAAAGAUGGCCAACCAAUGCAGGCCUCUGCCCGUGUGCGUAUUCUGUCCGGUGGCCGCUACUUACAGAUCAACAUGGCUGAGCUCAGCGACAAAGCUCAGUAUACCUGUGUGGCCAGCAACAUCGCUGGCAAGACCACGCGACAGUUUAACCUGACGGUCAAUGUGGCUCCAACUAUUAAGGAAGGCUCCCAGCUAGUGUCAGUGCACAUCAACAAGCCAGCAGUGCUUGAGUGUAUUGUAAGUGGAGUGCCACUGCCUCGCGUAACCUGGAGGAAACAUGGUGCCAUAUUGGCAGGAAACAACCCCAGGUACACAUUUGCAGAGGAUGGGUCAUUACACAUCGACUCUGCUCAGGUGACCGACACUGGCCGCUACCUGUGUAUGGCAACAAAUCAGGCUGGGACGCAACGCAAGAGAGUGGAUCUGCAAGUGUAUGUCCCUCCUUCCAUCGCUUACAGCCGCACCAAUGUGACAGUUACAGUCAACAUUCAGACCACCCUGUCUUGCGAGGCCACCGGUAUACCCAAACCCACCGUCAGUUGGAUGAAAAAUGGUCGAGCCAUCAAUACUGACCAGAACCAGAAUAUGUACAGAUUACUGUCAUCAGGCUCCCUGGUAGUUAUAGCACCCACAGUGGAGGACACAGCAGUGUAUGAAUGUGUGGUCUCUAAUGAGGCAGGGAAAGACUCCAGGUCCAUCAACCUCACUGUCCACGUUCCUCCAUCUAUAGCAGAUGAACCCACAGAGCUAGUCGUAACCAGAAUGUCCCCAGUGGUCAUUGCCUGUACUGUAUCUGGCGUCCCAGAGCCCACAAUCCUCUGGAGCAAAGAUGGCAUGAAGCUUCCCAAAGAGGGACAGGGCUACAGCAUCGUGCCCACAGGUCCAGUAGAAAUCACCUCAGCUGAGCUCAGUCAUGCAGGACGCUACUCAUGCACGGCCAAGAAUGCUGCAGGUUCCACCCACCGCCACGUGCAGCUCACAGUGCAGGAGCUCCCAGUGAUCCAGUCUCAUCCAUCCACCCUGGAUGUGAUCCUGAAUAACCCCGUCACUCUGCCCUGCAGGGCCACAGGCUCGCCCAGACCUACCAUCACCUGGCAGAAGGAGGGCAUCAAUAUACCUACCACAGGUGGAAGUUUCACAGUGCUGCCUAAUGGAAGUCUACAGAUCUCUAAGGCCUCUGUGUCAGACUCUGGAACAUACAUAUGUGUUGCUCAAAAUCCUGCAGGCACUGCCCUGGGCAAGACCAAACUCAGAGUACAAGUCCCUCCAGUGAUCAGCUCAGAGACUCAAAAGUACCUGGCACCUGUGGACUCCUCUGUGACGCUACAGUGCCUAGCAGAAGGCUCCCCUCCCCCCUCUGUCACGUGGCAUAAAGACGGUCAGCCGCUGAGUGAAUCUGUACGCCAGCGGGUGCUCAGUUCAGGAUCCCUGCAGAUCUCCUUCAUCCAGCCAAGUGAUACUGGACGAUACACUUGCACUGCUGCCAAUGCAGCAGGCACUGUCAGCCUUGAGAUGAGCCUCACUGUACAGAUCCCGCCUUCCAUUCAUGGUGGAGAGCAGGAGGUAGCAGUGGUGGAAAACAGUCAGGCUCUGCUGGUGUGUGUGGCGGAGGGGGUCCCUCAGCCCAGCCUGUCCUGGGAGAAGGACGGUAAUCCUCUCAUUGAAAGCACAGGGGAGUACACAAUCCUGCCCUCUGGAGAGCUGGUAAUAGACAUCGCUCAGCCUGACGAUGCAGGCAGUUAUACCUGUGUUGCCACAAAUGCAGUCGGACAGGACAGUCGGUCUACGACCCUCGCUGUUCAUACUCACCCUGUCUUUACUGAGCUGCUCGGAGACGUGGCCCUCAACAAGGGAGAGCGCCUCCUGCUGGCCUGUGGAGUCAGUGGGAUCCCCCUACCCAAAAUCACAUGGGCCUUCAACAACAACAACAUCAUCCCAGUUCACUACGAUCAUAUAAACGGCCACAGUGAACUGGUUAUAGAGCGAGUGAGCAAAGACAACUCUGGCACCUACACAUGCGUGGCAGAAAACAACGUAGGAACCAUCACGUCACUGGGCUUUGUCUAUGUCAAAGAGCCUCCUAUCAUUGAUGGGGACCUUCACUCCAACCGUAUUGAACCUCUGGGUGGUAAUGCCAUCCUGAACUGUGAGGUUCGGGGAGACCCCCUGCCUACCAUCCGGUGGAGCAAAAACGGAAUAAACAUACAUAUCAGCAACCGCAUCCGUCAGCUGGACAACGGCUCUCUGGCUAUCUAUGGCACAGUGAGUGAAGAUGCUGGCAACUACAUGUGUGUGGCAACAAAUGAUGCUGGUGUGGUGGAAAGGAGUGUCACACUUACGCUACAGAGUGCACCCACCAUCAUAGUGGAGCCAGUGGAGACUGUGGUGGAUGCUGGCACCACAGUUGUGCUCAACUGUCAAGCGGAGGGUGAGCCUACCCCCAUGAUACAGUGGUCCCGCCAGGGGCGCCCCCUGCUGGGCAACGACCGCUUCUCCGCUCUGUCCAACAGUUCCCUCAGGAUCAGCAGUGCCCAGAAGGAGGACACAGCUGAAUAUGAAUGUGUGGCCAGAAACUUACUAGGAUCAGUGCUGGUCAGGGUCACUCUUACUGUACGAGUUCAUGGGGGCUACUCAGAGUGGGCAGAGUGGGGUCCUUGCAGUGUGUCCUGUGGUGUUGGGUCCCAGAAAAGGCUGAGACAGUGUAACAAUCCUUUACCUGCCAAUGGAGGGCGUCACUGUGCAGGAUCAGACACAGAGACACGUAGUUGUCAGGGAAAGCCUUGUCCAGUGAAUGGUAACUGGUCAGAGUGGUCUCUCUGGGAGGAGUGUUCUCGUACCUGUGGUCAGGGCAACAGAACCAGGGUCCGGACCUGCAGUAACCCUCCAGCUCAGCAUGGAGGCAGGCCUUGCGAGGGAAAGGCAGUGGAGGUCAUCAUGUGCAGUGUCAGACCUUGUCCAGUGGCGGGCAACUGGGGGUCUUGGCUACCAUGGAGCCCAUGCAGUGAGACCUGUGGUAAGGGUAUGGAGUCCAGAAUCCGGCUGUGCAACAACCCUCCUCCAGCAUUUGAUGGGCUGCAGUGUGAGGGCUCAGACACCCAAACACAAGUGUGCAAGGAGAGACCUUGUCCUGUGGAUGGGAAGUGGUCAUCCUGGGUGAGCUGGGGAGCCUGCAGUGUUUCAUGUGGAGGUGGAACCAGACAGAGGACACGCCUUUGUGCAAGCCCCACCCCUCAGCAUGGUGGCAGGCAGUGUGAAGGCAACGACGUGCACAUUGACUUCUGUAAUAGCGACCCCUGCCCCAUCAGCGGUAACUGGGGUCCAUGGACUAGCUGGGGCAGCUGCAGCAAGACAUGUAACGGAGGUCAAAUGAGGCGGUACAGGACAUGUGACAACCCCAGACCUGCCAAUGGUGGGAGAGCAUGUGCAGGUGCAGAUACACAGAUACAGAGAUGCAGCACAGCCAACUGUCCUGUUGAUGGUAACUGGGGUUCAUGGCAGCCAUGGGGAGAAUGCUCUGCUUCCUGUGGGGGCGGAGAGAGGACACGUGUCCGUCUCUGUAAUAGUCCAUUUCCUAGCAACAGUGGUCGGCCGUGUCCGGGAGACUCCUCUCAGCUGUCCAGGUGUAACACUCAGGCCUGCCCAGGUGGGCCCCAGAAGGCACGAGGAAGCAUCAUAGGGAACAUCAAUGAUAUUGAGUUUGGCAUCGCCAUCCUCAAUGCCACCAUCACAGACAGCAAGACUGGUGUCCGAAUCAUCAAGGCCACUAUUACUAAUGUACCAAGGACAUUAGGUCCUGCAAUGAGAAAGCUCAUCUCAAUCCUGAACCCUGUCUACUGGACCACUGCACAGGAAGUAGGAGAGGCUGUCAAUGGCUACACGCUAACAGGAGGCAUCUUUAGGCGAGAGACACAGGUGGAGUUUGCCACAGGUGAGAUCCUGAGGAUGACCCACAUUGCCAGAGGCCUGGACUCAGAUGGAGCAUUGUUACUAGAUAUCGUAGUGAACGGACACAUCCUGCAGCUGCCCUCACAUGCUGACAUCAGCAUCAAGGACUACACAGAGGAUUACAUCCAGACAGGCCCAGGCCAGCUGUAUGCUCUGUCCACCCGCAUGUUCAGCAUCGACAGGGAGAGUGUGCCCUACUCCUGGAACCACACCAUCUCAUACGACCUGUCCAAGGGAAAGAUGCCCUACCUCGUAGAGAUGCUGCAUGCCACAGCCAUUAGCGCUCACUACCACCCCCUGGAGGAGAUGUUGGAGUAUAGCAUUCAAGCUAGUAUCACCAAGGGAGAUCGCAGUAACCAGUGUCCUCAGGGAUUCACUUUAGUGUCUGCUGGGGCCUACUGUGCAGAUGAGAACGAGUGUAAGGUCAGGAGCCCCUGUUCUCAUGCCUGCCACAACGCCAUGGGCACCUACUACUGCUCUUGUCCACAAGGCCUCACCAUCUCAGCUGAUGGCAGGACCUGUCAGGACAUUGAUGAGUGUUCACUGGGUGGGAACGUGUGCCAUGAUGGACAGGACUGUGAGAACACAAUUGGCUCUUACCGAUGUGUCAUGCGCUGUGGGCGUGGCUUCAGGAGAACAGCUGAUGGUCUCAGCUGCACAGAUGUGAAUGAGUGCCAGGAGUCCAAUCCGUGCAAUCAACACUGUCUGAACACAAUUGGUAGCUAUCGAUGUGCCUGCGAGCCGGGCUUUCAACUCAAGAACCGACGCUGUAUAGAUAUAAACGAGUGCAGACAGAGGGUUUGUCGAUCAGAUCAGCAGUGUAAAAACACACGGGGUGGUUACACCUGUAUUGACCUGUGCCCCAAUGGUAUGACCAAAGGUGCCAAUGGGACAUGUAUAGACAUCGAUGAGUGCAGAGAUGGCACUCAUCAAUGCCGAUACAAUCAGAUCUGUGAGAAUACCAGAGGCAGCUACCACUGCACCUGCCCACGUGGCUACAGAUCUCAGGGAGUAGGACGGCCCUGUGUCGACAUAAAUGAGUGUGAGCGGCUGCCACAGCCCUGUGCCCACCAGUGCAUCAACACGCCAGGCAGCUUCAAGUGCACCUGCCCGCCGGGACGCCACCUGCUGGGGGAUGGCAAAUCCUGUGCUGGUCUGGAGCGUCUGCCCAGCUAUGAAAGUUACUCAUACAGCUACCGAGCGUCACAAUCCUCUCCUGAGCACAGCUCCUACCAGCGACUGUACCACAACUUGGCUUCUCAGAGCUACCACUCCCAUGUAGCCACCACAAGGGGGCACUACAGGAGUCAGAGUCGCAGAGAUACUCCUGUACAUUCCUCACCACAGGGCUUCCUCGCUUGUCAGCAGGGGUUUGAGUCCAGGGGUGGCCGCUGCUUAGACAUCAAUGAGUGUGAGGUGAGGGAUGUCUGUCAGCAUGAGUGUAUGAACACACCAGGUAGCCACAGGUGUCUCUGUCCUGCUGGUUAUCGCCUCAUGACCAAUGGCAAGACGUGUCAAGAUAUAGACGAGUGCCUGGAACAGAACAUACAAUGUGGAGCGAACCAGAUGUGCUUUAACAUGAGAGGAAGUUACCAAUGUAUUGACACACCCUGUCCACCAAACUUCCAGAGGGAUCCAGCCACAGGGUUUUGCCUGAAGAACUGCCCACCAAAUGACCUGGAGUGUGCACUGAGCCCUUAUGCCCUGGAGUACAAGCUGCUGUCUCUCCCCUUUGGCAUUGCAGCCAACCAGGACCUCAUCAGACUGGUGGCCUACACACAGGACGGAGUGAUGCACCCCAGAACCACCUUCCUAGUGGUGGAUGAGGACGUCACGUUACCUUUUGCCCUGCGAGACGAGAACCUGAAGGGAGUGCUGUUUACCACACAGGCGCUACGAGAGCCCCACACGUACCGCAUGAAGGUCCGAGCCCUCUCCUACAGCGAAGACGGCGGGAUCGAGUACCAGACGACCUUCAUCGUCUACAUCGCCGUCUCUGCCUACCCCUACUGAGAGCACUUUAAAUGACGCGGGACAAAGGUGCGGUUAUGAAUUGCGUCCUCCACAUGCAGCACCACUGAAAUAAAUGAGUGAGUGGGUGUGGUUUUGGAAAAACUUGCCACAUCGGUAAACCAACUAAGAAAAAAAGACUUUGUGUUCAGUGUGAGAGAGGCCAGUGAGUCCAUACAGCCCUGAAGACGUAGAAGGAAGUAGAUUUAAAGUUGAUACAAUACAAGAAACUGGAGGUUAACAGGAAGCUUGGAUGAAACUGGCUGUUUAUUGGCUCUAAUCCCUGGGAUCCUCAUCUCAGUCUGUCAGGACUUUUUCAGACAUGUUUGAUAUUUUGCCUUGUUAUUUUCCCCUGACCUUUUCAGAUUUAUUUAUAAGAUCAAAAAGAUUUUGCUCCUCAAAGCCAAAGCUUCCACCACUGGCUCAAAAACCCUACUCAAGAAAUCUUAACUAGCCUUUUAUUUACAUCUAACUAUUAUUAACUUAUUGGGAAGUGCUUGAAUGAGAAAAAUGGGCAGUUCCCACCUUUGUUUAGCCCUUGUGUCAUCAGUCACCAAAGUGUAGUUGUGACUGUUCCGAUAUGGUGCUCAUUUUGGCAAUAAAAGACUUGACUGUCACAUAUUCUAUAUCCUCAGGUAGUGAGUGGUCUGUCAUACACACAAGUGCAUCAAAUAGAAACCCUAUCCAAUCAUUACACUGAUUACAUCAUCAUGUGCCAUACUGCUCCAUCCAAUAGUUGAUACCAAGAUGUAUUUUAUUUUUAUGACUUGUACAUAUGUUUUUUUUCAUAAUGUAUACUGUACUUAUUGUAUCCAUUUUGUAAUAAAAAUGUAAUAAAUGAAUAUACACUGAAA